ACCAAGCACCACCACAAUGACCGGAGGAAAGCACCACCACCACCACCACGUUCAGGAAGAAAACAAGCCAAUUGAUUAUGCACGAGAGGUUAAACACCACAAGCAUAACGAGCAUCUUGCCAAGCUCGGUGCCGUUGCUGCCGGCGCUUUUGCCAAGCAUGAAAAGCACAUGAUAAAGAAAGACCCAGCACACGCUCACAGGCACAAGAUAGAGCAGGAAAUUGCAACUACGGUUGCAGUUGCAGCCGGUGGGUACGCAUUGCAUGAGCACCACAAGAAGAAAGAAGCAAAGAAACAAAUGAAGCAUCACCACGGCCACCACUUGUUUUAAUACUUACUUUUUUUUGUAAGGAUAUUAUGUACUAUUAUCUACGUAUAUAAUUGAUUAGCAGUGAUUAGCGACUGCUCUAAAUAAAUAAACGUCUGCGUUGUUCAUGCUUGAUUACUAGCCAUCUAGCUUUUUGUGAUAUUGAGAUCUAGUAACAGUGGAAUUAAUCUAGCUCUGUUUUCAUGUGAUGUCUGUUUUCAUAGUAUGUUGGAGUAUUUUUGUUUGUAAAGAGUAUAUCGGUUGAGAAUAAAAUUAAAAUGCGUUGAAUUCAUAA